AUGGAAAGACAAAAUCAAAGCUGUGUGGUUGAAUUCAUCCUCUUGGGCUUUUCUAACUAUCCUGAGCUCCAGGGGCAGCUCUUUGGGGCUUUCCUGGUUAUUUAUCUGGUGACCCUGAUGGGAAAUGCCAUCAUUAUAGUCAUCAUCUCCCUAGACCAGAGCCUCCACGUUCCCAUGUACCUGUUCCUCCUGAACUUAUCUGUGGUGGACCUGAGUUUCAGUGCUGUUAUUAUGCCUGAAAUGCUGGUAGUCCUCUCUACUGAAAAAACUACAAUUUCUUUUGGGGGCUGUUUUGCACAGAUGUAUUUCAUCCUUCUUUUUGGUGGGGCUGAAUGUUUUCUCCUGGGAGCAAUGGCUUAUGACUGAUUUGCUGCAAUUUGCCAUCCUCUCAACUACCAAAUGAUUAUGAAUAAAGGAGUUUUUAUGAAAUUAAUUGUAUUUUCAUGGGCCUUAGGUUUUAUGUUAGGUACUGUGCAAACAUCAUGGGUAUCUAGUUUUCCAUUUUGUGGCCUUAAUGAAAUUAAUCAUAUAUCUUGUGAAACGCCAGCAGUGUUAGAACUUGCAUAACUUGCAUGUGCAGACACGUUUUUGUUUGAAAUCUAUGCAUUCACAGGCACCAUUUUGGUUAUUUUGGUUCCUUUCUUGUUGAUACUCUUGUCUUACAUUCGAGUUCUGUUUGCCAUCCUGAAGAUGCCAUCAACCACUGGGAGACAAAAGGCCUUUUCCACCUGUGCGUCUCACCUCACAUCUGUGACCCUGUUCUAUGGCACAGCCAGUAUGACUUAUUUACAACCCAAAUCUGGCUACUCACCAGAAACCAAGAAAGUGAUGUCAUUGUCUUACUCACUUCUGACACCUCUGCUGAAUCCGCUUAUCUACAGUUUGAGAAAUAGUGAGAUGAAGAGGGCUUUGAUGAAAUUAUGGCGAAGGCGAGUGGUUUUACGCACAAUCUGA